AUGCCGUUGCCCUCGCUCUUGCCCAGGGAUCCACCCUGGCCGUCCAGCGUAUCUGAAAGCUGCCAGAUCCUCAACGAUCUGUAUGAAUCCAGCAACAACAUGCUAGAGUCGGGCAACCACAACCGGCAUCGGCUCCAACAUCAUGUCUCCAUGCUUUUCAAUGAUGUGUACCCACUGAUCAUUGCACUGGAUAUGGACAGGGGUGCUGACUCGGUGCCAUCUUUGUGGCUGCUCCAAGUGGCCCAGUGUUUUGUAGAGCUAACAGAGCAACUGAUCGACACAGAUAAGGAGACCACAGGCGAAGGCAGUAGCAAUGUCCAAGUUCCGGUGCCAAUAGCUGUAGAGCACACUGGACAGCGUGGCCGCCCACACAAGAUGGUCGAUCCAGAAAUCCUUCGCGCUGCGAUGGACCCAGAAAAAGGGCUAUCAAAGCAGGCACUGGCUAAAUCCCUGGGGAUAGACCAAAAAACUUUGAGGAAACGCCUGAGGGAAAAUGAUGUCGACACUGGUUUCUCCAACAUCACCAAUGCUGACCUGGAUGUGAUGAUCAAGGAUGAAUGCUGCACUGGAUCUACGUCUGGUUGA